AUGUCGAAGAGAAUAAUGAAUGAAGUGUUUUGCACGAUUGAAGACUUAGGAUUAAAAGCAUUUUAUCAGGAUACAGAUUCGAUGCACAUUUACAAUGAAGACAUACUACGUUUAGCUCAUGAAUUUAAGAAGAGAUACGGUAGAGAACUUAUUGGUAAAACAUUAGGUCAAUUUCAUUCUGACUUCGCAGAAAUAACACCUGGAAAACAAAGUUUAGCAUACAAGUCAAUAUUUUGUGGAAAGAAGACUUACAUAGACUUACUCACUAACGAUUUAAAUGAAGUUGCAUUUCACUGCAGAAUGAAAGGCGUGAAGCAAGAUGUUAUUGCUUUAACCGCUAAUGAAAUGUUUCCUGACUCUGUUCAGUGUUUCUAUGAUGAAGAUAAAGGUUUAAUGGUUCCGCAAGGAAAAUUUGACAAAGACUCUGAGUUCAGUGUCAUGAAACUUUAUAAAGCACUUUAUGACGGUCAAGAGAUUGGAUUUGACUUAUGUAAGUCAUGUCAACCUUGCUUUGAAGAGAAGUUUAACUUCUCAAUAACGACUAAAACAAGCUUUAUUCGUAAGUUGAAGUUCUGA